AUGAGAAAGCUACUACUAGCAAGUUCUCUUUAUGCAUUCUCUUCAUUUUCUCACAAUCCAACACUAGGAGUAGGAGGACUCAAGGGAUUUGACUCUAAUGAUCCAGAUUGUGUUAUGCCAAAGGGAUUAAUCGGUCUUUUGAGAUGGAGAUUUAUUAGAAACUACCAAACUGUUCCUUACACCAAUCGAACUCGUAUUAUUUCCAUACCAAUUUCUGUUGAGAGGAUAACUGGUGAGAGCUAUUUUGAAGAACAAAAACAAAGUCUUGACAUUAUGCCUUCAACUCAUCCGGUUACUAUCAAGGUUACAAACAUUCUUAAUCACAUUAUUCAUGCAUUGCAUAAUGAGAAGAGCAAAAUGAGCUCUGCUUCUUCUAAUUAUAGUGUUUGGUUGCAUUUAACUCGAAGCUUACCGCCAUCUAUGUUGCAUUUGGAUGGAUUAAAUUGGGAGGUUUUGGUUGUCAAUGAACCUGAAGAUAUUUUUACCGGGUGUUACGCUGGUGGCAAGAUUGUUACCACCACGGCUUCGGUUUACCAUGGGUCAGAUGCAUAUUUAGCAACUGUUCUUGCACAUGAGGUUGGGCAUAUUGUGGCUAGACACCAUGCUGAAAGAAAAACAAGGAGCACAUGGGUUUAUUUUAUACAUGAUAUGCUUAAUCGAUUUGUUACGAUUGAUUUUGCCCAAAGAGUGCUUCCACUUGUCCCACUACUACCCUUCAACCGACGGCUUGAAAUGGAAGCUGAUUACAUUGGACUUCUACUAAUGGCAGCAGCUGGCUAUGAUCCUCGGUGUGCACCUAUAAUAUAUGACGAAUUUGACAAAUAUGAAGAGUUAAAAGAGUCACGCAAUAAAUUUAAGCUCGGAGGUUUCCUUAGUUCCCAUCCACCAGGGAGAAAAAGAGCCCAAGCAUUGGAUCGACCUAGGAUAAUGGAAGAAGCUCUUGUUUUAUAUAAUAAUGUAAAAGCGAAGCGAGGGGAUGAAUCAUAA